AUGAAGCUAAUUGGCUUUCAAUCAUAUAAGAAUGCACACAAACCAGCAUUGACACCUGAGCACAAGCUGAAAAGACUCUCCUGGUGCUUGGACAAAGUCGGAUGGGGGCCAGAACAGUGGAGAAAGGUUGUUUGGUCCGAUGAGUCCAAAUUCAUGGUUCUCGGUAAUGAUGGUGGCUCUAGGGUGAUCCGAAAAGAAGGUAAAAGGUACAAUGAUUAUUACAUUAUCAAAACCAAGAAGUUUGGAAGCGGCUCUGUGAUGCUUUGGGGAUGCUUUUGGGCUGGAGGCUACGGACCGUUAGUAGCACUUGAUGGCCGAGUAAAUCAGGACAGAUACAUCGAGUGUUUGGACAAGAGCUACUUGCCAUGGAUAGCUGAUGUGAUGAAGAAUGAGGAAGGCAACUUUGUUCUUCAAGAAGAUGGUGCUUCCUGUCAUACAGGUAGAAUUUCUACAAGUUGGAAGGAGGAUCAACCACUGGUCAACAGUUUUAGCUUCUGGCCGGCUCAAAGCCCCAAUUUGAAUCCAAUCGAACAUCUGUGGGCCACCAUGGAGAAGCGAAUUGAGAGCAAGAGGCAUCGCAUUGAUAAUGCAGAACAAUUGCUUGCGUGUAUCCAUGAGGAGUGGAAUAACUUGGAUCUUGAUCUGGCGGAGAGAUUGGUUGCAAGUAUGACAUCUGGAUGUCAAGCUGUAAUAAAUACAAGAGGCGAAAUAACACGCUACUAA